AUGAAAUCGCUUAAAAAACCCACCUCCAUAACCCCCCUUUUCUUCACUUUCUUCUUCUUUUUCAAGCAAUCUCUAUGUUUGGAUCCAAAUUAUGAAGCUUGUGUCCUCCAUAGCUGCAGUGAAAAUGGGCCGACCAUUACUUAUCCAUUUUUCAUCAAAGGUUUACAAAAUUCCACUUGUGCCUACCCUGGAUUAGAACUCCAUUGCAAGCUUGGUUUCCCAGUUCUUAAGAUCUCAGAAAGCGAAUUCAGGGUGGAAGAAAUUGAUUAUGAAAGAAGUUAUCUCCGACUUCAGACCACCGCGAUUUCGUGGAAUCAGACUAUAUCUUGCCCCUCGGAUAUCAGGAACUUAACGCUUGACCCUAACCGGUUUUUGAUUGACGACGAUACGACCACGAAACUUGUAUUCAUUUCGAAUUGCUUGAAUAACGCGAGUGCGAGUCUAGAGAGGUAUAGGAUACAGUCAUGUCAGACAAGUGUGGAGCUGGUCAUGCUAGCGAACGAUACGAAUUUGAGAACCGCAACGGAGACUUGUGGCAACGGUAGUGGGAUUGUGAUGACGCCGGUGGAAUUGACUGGCCAAGAAGGGAGGAUUGACGCUACGAAUUAUGCAGAGGUACUGGAAAGGGGGUUCGUGAUGAGGUGGCGUGCGGCGGACUGUGGUAUCUGUCGGGGCAGUGGUGGGAGAUGUGGGUUUGAUUCGCCGUCGUUCCAAUUUCGUUGUUUUUGCCCCAAUGGACCCCAUAGGGUGCGUUGCAGAUCUG